AUGGUGAUGGUUGUGCCAGGCAUAAGUCUUGCAAUAGAUACUAUAAAUAGCAUAGAUGCUACAAAUAGCAUAGCAAAAGAUGUGAAGAACUUACUUGUGAGAUUUAUGCAUCUGGUUGACAUCUUCCACAACAACAUGGAACAGAUUGACAGUAAAGAGAUCCAGGAAUGUUGCCAGACAACCUUACAUGACUUCAACCUGUGUAUGUUCUACCAACCAGCUGUGUACAACUUACCUGCAAUCAAGGGCUCCCUUCCUGAUGACAAGAUUACUCACCUUAGCAACGAGCUCAUCUUCAAACUUGUUGUCAUGUGUAUGAUGUGUAUAUUUAGAUUACAAAAGUCAGGAUCCAAGUUAGUCACUGCAGCUAUAGCAUUCACCCUAGCUCUGUUCUCCCAUAUAUUCAACCACACUGGAGAGAGACUGCAGUCAGCCCUACAAGACAAGGAGAAGGCAGUGAUAAACCUCAAACAGGAAAGUCAAGAUGAAAGUGCCAAAACGAGUGAUGAGGAGUUGAACUACCUUCAACAGAUGAAGAAAGAGAUGAGUGAUAACCAUAGAAACACAGAUGCAACAUUAGAGAAACAAAACACACAUGAAACCACUAACAAACGAGAUAAAACUGAACUUGCUCAAGAAAAUAACAAGAAAAAUGAAAAAAAUCUUAAGUCACGUAACAAGAGGAGUGCAAUGUUGCGGAGGCGGAGGAGACGAGGAGCAGGAAGUGAUGACAGUGACCUGUCUGAGGGGGAAGCUGCUCUCAGUGCAGAUAGUGAUGAUUCAGACACUCUGUCAAGUGAUUCGCAGGAUGAUGUCAUAGACUAUCUUAAUAACAACACUGAUUCCGAUGACUCUGAUAACUUGAUGGAGAGCCAGGAGUUCCCUCCAGGUAUUCUCUCAAGAGACCAGCAGAGCCAGCCUGAUGAACAGCUUGGACUAGGGCUAGGUCUGCAUCUCUUAGCUGGUAGCAGUAGUGGUAUGAACUUGAACAGCUCACUCAAUGGCUCAUUAGAUGGUUCCUUCAGCUUGGGUAAUGGGACUCUCUCCAGUGCAAUGUAUGAUCACCUCAAUGACAUGUCAACUGAACUGUUUGCCAGCAAUGGAGGCUUCCUACAGCAGAGUCUAGAUCUGAUGGUGAAUGGUUACAAUACAGUAGAACCAGAGCAGGAUAAGGAACUAAGUGCUAUAGUUCAGGGCAAGAGAGAUGUUAGAGUCCCUCCUGGAUUUGAUCAUGACCCUGAGGCAGAACAUGUUGCUGAGAUAACAGCGAAACUAGCAAACUUUGUGAUAGAGACAGAUACAGACAACAGCUUUCUAACAACUGAUACAGAUAACUCGGCUAUGACAACUGAGAGUGAGAAAGAAACUGACCUGGACAGUGUCAUUGACAGAGAUGAACUGAUUGAGAGGAAAAUACGGAAGUUAAUAGACGUCAUUGGAAAUGAGGAGCUCUUGAUGACGGUUAAGGUGAUCUGUGAUUGGAUGAAAUGUAAUGAGAAAAUUCUUAUUACAUGUUCACAGAGCUCACAGUCAUUGUGGUACAGACUGUCUGUUUUGUUGAACAUGUUACCCACUGAGAAAGAUCUCCUGCAACCAGGUAUAUGUGAUAACUUUACAGUGAAGACUGCACUAGAGAACUGCCAGAUCAGUGACUGGAAGCAGAGCACUCCACUGAGAGAGGACUUGAACUUAGAUCACUUUGUUCCACUCUCCUCCACCCAUAAGGGUCUCAUCUUCACUAUGAGGAGUAGGCUUGACCUUGGAGAACAGGAAGAGUCGUUUAUGAGGCUUUGUAUACUAAGGAAUCAUGGCAGGCACUUUACCACACUCUCUGGUAUAAACUUCACGUUCAAUGAGGAGAAGCACAUGUUCAUAGGGCCAAUCCAAAAAUCUGGCGACAAUGAGAUGGCUCAAGAGAAAAUGGCUGACACGGAAGCAAAGAAGAACCAGCUGAUGAAGGACAUGGCCCAACUUAGAUUACAGGCUGAAGUGAAGCAGCUUGAGGGCACGUUGAAGUCAACUGACCAGCCCAACCUGCCUCCAUACCUGAUACCUGAUGCUACAGCCCUGUGUGAAGGCCUGGCACUGGUCAGACAGAUGGCCAACAGCGCCCGCUUUAUCAUCAUAAUACCAAACUCAGUGAUAGAACACUUGGACUGGUUGAAGAAGGACACAGCAGGAUCAAGAGAUGCAAUACGCUGGCUGGAGGCUGAAAUUAGAAAGGGGAGCAGGUAUGUUAGAGCUCAGAAGACACAUGAAAGAGCAGCACGUACAUUACCUUUGAAAAACCUCAAGAAGAAAGACAAAGAAGCUUGGCGUUUCUACCAAAUUGUUGACUGCUGCAAGUAUUUUGCCCAACAGAGUCCAGAGUAUGAUCCCAAAGGAAUGGUGUCAAUUUUGACCAAGCAGGAGUUAACAAGCCCUGACUUGUCCCCACGUGUACGAAACGCUAUGGCAACAGCCCAACAAGAAGGUGUAACCAUAGAGAAUGUACAUGAGUUCCAUUCUAAAUGGAAGGAAGCUUGGAAAGGUAAAGGUUGAACACUGUUACCAUGGCAACAGGAACCAAGCCCAAAUGCUGUUACUAUGGCAACAAGAAAAUCCCCUAACAGGGGCUUGAGGUAACUUAGAUAAGACCUCAACAUAAACACAACAACAAAUAUGAGUACAACAAAGCAACAAAUAUACAACACUUCAUGCAUCACAAAUGUGAAAAGAAGUCAUAAUGGAUGGAUUUAUGCAUAAACAUUUAAGCAACUUGGCUUAAUGAUUAAGCAUAAUAAGCUUAUAAUAUUGCAGCAGUUGGAGAAACAAACAACAAAACAACAUCUGACUGGUUGUUUGUUUUGAAACAAACAACAUAGCGAUUUUUGCGUGUAUUCAAGCUAGAAUGUGACAAAUAUCUUGCUUAGCUGAAUAACUUGGCAUCAACCAAACUUUAUAGUAGAGAUUAUAAAAAUCUGAAUUAAUUGUUUGAUUUCUAGUGAGUGAUAGACGAUUGUCUUAAAUGUGCAAUUCUCAUGGUUUUGUUAAUUCUAUUAUGUUACUUUUCUGUAACCUAGAGAAGAAAAUAGUUAUGGCAAACAACUACUUCUGACAGAGAAGCCAUUAGAAUGAAUCAGAAUUUUUAGUAUUUAACAUUGUUAUCUUGUCUUUACUUGGACUAGUAUAUACAUGGAUGUGAUUCCCUAUUUGAAAUGAAAAGACUAGAUGCGAGUAGAAAUAAUCU